GAAUGGGAGCUGGUGGUGCUGGGGAAAUUGAAGUGGAACCUUGCAGCUGUCACCCCACACGAUUUCAUUGAACACAUCCUAAGGAAGCUGCCUCUACCUAAAGACAAGUUGCUUUUGAUCCGGAAGCAUGCACAGACGUUCAUUGCCCUUUGUGCCACAGAUUUUAACUUUGCCAUGUACCCACCAUCAAUGAUAGCAACUGGAAGUGUGGGAGCAGCCAUCUGUGGCCUUCAGCUCGAUGAUGGGGACAGCCUCACGGACCUCCUGGCCAAGAUCACAAACACAGAUGUGGACUGCCUUAAAGCUUGUCAAGAACAGAUCGAGGCGGUGCUAGUAAAUAGCCUUCGGCAAGUUCGGCAGCAGCAACAGCAAAGCAAUCCUUCUAAGACCAUGGAUGAACUGGACCAGGCCAGCACUCCCACAGAUGUGAGAGAUAUCAACCUGUGAGGACAUCGGCACAGAAAGUCACGCUUGCUCCCCCAGCCCCUUUAUUUUUGUUAUUAUUUUUAGAGUGAUUUUUUUUUUAAUCUGCUCCCACAUAGAACAUAUUUAAAGCUCUUUUAGGUAAAAAAAAAUGCAAAACACACACAAAAAAAAAAACAAAACAGAAACUGAAUAAUGGGAAAAAAAAAGCAUUUGGUGCCUGUGAUGUUCUACAGAAGGGAAUCCCACAAUAUAUUUGGUAAUUGCUAUUUGAUUAUGUAUCAGUGAUAUUAAAUGCUUAUAAAAGCAUACAGAGUAGCUAGAUCAAUGUAAGCCUGCAUUUGUGGGAACAAAGUAGAGUAUACUUGUCUGUGUAUUAUGACCUAGUGCAUACACCCCUUUUUUAGAUUUAAGAAAGGAAUUGUGUGUGCGAAUUUAUGGCUUGACUAGAUUGCAAAGCAAUAGAAUAAGGGGUUUAGGGCGAAGUGGGAAAAGAUCCCUGAAGCAAUUGAACCAUUUUGAAUGCAGAAGAGAUUUGCUGAUCUGUCACCUCUGUUAUUAGUCAGAAGUGUUUGUUGGAUCUCUGUAUGUUAGUUUUGUUUACUCUUGCUGUCUGUGGUAGCUGCUACCU